AUGUCUGAAAACGAACCAUACGUCGGGUAUAACGCUCUAAUCGACUAUUUACAAGCCCAAAACAACAAGUCGUAUCGCAGUUUCCUCGAACUUAAUCGAGAGGUCAUAAUUUCUUCCUUGUCUGUGAACUCUGACUGGAAAGAGCUUGACAAUUGUUGGGCCGCUAAUUUUCUACGAGAAGCAGAAAGAUUUGGAGGUUCAAACGUAGGGAGGGUAACUUCUAGUAGAGUCACAUACUAUAUGUGCCUUGGCUCAGGAGAAUUACUGUUUUUGAUUCUGGUAAAAUCAGAGCGAGGUGGGAAUGGCUUAAAAGCAUACUGGAAGGAAAUAAUAAAACAACAUAAAAGGAACGAACUGAGGGACCAGAUUUGCCCCAAACAGACCCCAAAUCAUUGCGAAUCUAAUGAACCCAAGGGGAUAAAGAGAGAAAGUGAUGCCCGUUAUUCACAGGUGAUAGAAUCUCAACAAUCUGCCACUGAAUCCUCAAGCUCAGAUUCAGAUUUAGGGAGUUUAGACGGACCUAAGAAUAAAAAAUCAAGAUCACAAUAUGUCCGUGAUGACUCUAGUUCUCAAGAAAGCACGCCAUGUCUAACACAUACCUUAACGCUUAAUGUGACGCCUAAUAAAACCAUUAUUAAUCAAGUUCAAGAAGACGUGAAUAAUUACCAUGAUAAUGAGGAGAAUGUAUUUACCUUAGAUGAAGAUGAUAUUCAUGAAGAGGAGUUAGAAGACAGUCUUUUACAGGAAAACCCUGGUUCUAUUAUUGAUUGUAAAUUAACUAUUAAUGAUGUAUGCAUCCGGUCAGCAAUGGAGAAAUGGCGUAAAUCGUCAAAGUACGUUGGAGAAAUACACAAGCAAGAUUUAAUGCGCUACAAUAUUAUCGACACAACUACUUCAUCUGCAACGGAAGCACGAAAGCUUUUCAACGAGCAUUGGGAUGAUAUCAUCAGCACUGUAGAAAAACUUUUAACAUCAAGUUCUACAACACAAUUAGCUUCGGCAUCUGCCUCCACCUUAGAUACAGAACAAGAUGGGCAGUCAAAAGAAAUAAAGCAAUAUACAAAAUACAUCUCAACAAAUGUGAAUUCAGCAAAGAAAUUGCGUGAAGCCAUAAAAAAGGAGCGUGCAAAGUUGCGGAUUGAUGGUAACAUAAAAUGGAAGAGACGAGUCUUGGGAUUGAUGAAAGCCUAUCGGAAUCAGUUUCCAGACGGUGCAAACUAUUUUAAAGAAGAUCAAACCGAAAGUGAUUAUAUAAUUAGAUUUAUUUCUCGCGUCUAUACUAUAUUAUUUAAAGACAAGAAAUUUUUGAGACAAGCCUGGAAAGAAAAAACUUUGCGAUCUUCUGCCAUUUUGCUUAACCAGUCAUUAAAAGAUAAUGAUCGACGAUGCUCUGGCAAUGGAAUUGACGCAAUCAUAUCAAUGGUGGAUCUAGAUUUAGAGAUCUCAGUCUUAGAAGUUUCGGGAUCUCCAACACGUCUUGAUCAUACUCAUUACGUUGGAGAUAAAAAUAAAAUCGCGAAGAUGCUCAAGAUUAUCAUAAACUACAUUAAAACCAAAUAUUCGGGUUGUUAUGAAGACUUUAGGAGGAUAAAAGUAUAUGGUAUUCAAUAUGUGUUUGCCCUUUGCUGGCGUUUACUAUUUCAAACUAGAAAAAAUGUUCUCUUGCCCGACUAUACCGUUUUUGCUCUUCAAGGAGUUGCCAAAGUUCGUCUCAAAUCUGUGGAUGAUGCGA